AGGCAGGCAGCUGCAGUGGCAUUGCUGUUUGACUGUGUGAGUGUAAAAGACGCAUCGAGGCAACAUGGAUUACUGCAUUGUCUCUGCUGAAGGGCCAGUGGGCAGGCUUGGUGGGUAGAUACGGUAUAGAGAACACACACCCAGGUGCGGUGAGGUGCCUGGAGAUGGAUGCUCUAGGCACGCUGCGAUGCCAGACCCUCCUGACUCGCUGUCCACGCUGUGGUAAAGAUGGACCAGCCUAUUCCACUGUACGGAUCUCCCUCGCUGAGAUGGAGGCUUACCACCACCUCCUGGGGUUGUGUCAGGACACCGAGUCGCCCAUACUAAGAAAUGAGAUCAUGCAGCAGGAGAUCCGGCCCCUGCUGGCUGUGGACAUCAUUGAGCAGCUUCAUCGCCAGUUUGCCUUGCUCUCAGGAGGGCGAGGGAAAGAUGGCGCCCCCAUCAUCGUCUUCCCAGAGUUCUCAGGCUUCAGUGAAGUUCCGGAGGAAGACUUCCUCAACGUUGUUACUUACUUAACCAGCAUACCCAGCCUGGACGCUGCCAGUAUCGGCUUCAUCAUCAUCAUCGACCGGCGGAAGGACAAAUGGAGCUCAGUGAAGGCCUCGCUAUCUCGGAUCGCUGGGGCGUUUCCAGGAAACCUGCAGCUGGUGUUGGUGCUGAGGCCGUCCAGGUUCUUCCAGAGGGCGAUAGCAGACAUUGGGAUCAAGCUGCACAAGGAUGACUUUAAAAUGAAGGUACCGAUUGUGAUGCUGAACUCUCUGUCGGACCUGCACGGCUACGUGGAUAAAGGCCAGCUGACUCGGGAGCUAGGAGGAAGCCUGGAGUACUGUCACAGUCAGUGGAUACACCACCGAACUGCCAUAGAGAACUUUGCCAUGACAGUGAAAACCACAGCCCAGAUGUUACAGACGUUUGGGACAGACCUGGCAGAGACGGAGCUGCCCAAUGACGUCCAGUGCACCAAAGACCUGCUCACAGCACACACCGACAAACACAACAACCUCAAGGAUGAACUGAAGCUGGCAUUGAAGCAGGGCACCACCUUGUUAGGUUGUAUCAAGGAGCAGGCGGCCAAGUCAGAGAACCACAAACUCAACCCGGACGAGCUGGAGAACCAAACCACUGUGGAAAGGCUCCUAGCCCAGCUGGAUGAGACAGAGAACGCCUUUGAACAGUUCUGGUGUAAACACCAUCUGAAACUGGAGCAGUGCCUGCAGCUACGUCACUUUGAACAGGACUUCAGAGAGGUCAAAGUGUCUCUGGACAGUCUGAUGGACAGUCUAACCAGCCUGUUAGAUAUCGGGGAUUGUGUGGCCAGAGUUGAACACCUGCUGAAGGACCUGAAAACACUGGAGGAGAAGGCUCUGCACACGCUAGAGAAGGCCCAGCUCCACGCACUGCACGGCGACCAGCUGAUCCAGAGCAACCACUACGCCGUGGACUCCAUUCGACCCAAAUGUGUGGAGCUCCGGCGGGUCUGCGACGACUUCAGCAACGAGUCCAAGAAAAAGACGGACGUCUUGUCCAAAUCCCUGCAGAUCCACGUGGGCAUCGAUAAGGUAAACCAGUGGUGUGAGUCUGGCAUCUACCUGCUGGCCUCCCAGGCUGUGGAUAAGUGUCAGUCACAGGAGGGAGCAGAGUCGGCACUGACUGACAUCGAACGCUUCCUGGAGUCUGCAGAAAAGAACCAACUGACCGAGCUGAGGAACCUCCACAACCAGUAUGAGGUCGUCCUGUCCGAGGAUAUCAAGGCCAAUGUCCUGAAGGCACUGAAGCGCCUGGAGGACGUCCAGGAGAUGUUUCAGAAGCGGCACGUCAGUCUGAAGAGGCUGUCGGCGAAACAGACGAGGCCCGUCCAGCCCGUCGCCCCGCGGCCUGAGUCCUCUCCCAAACGGCCGCCACUGAAGAACCCCCCCAGGACUACAGGGAGCCAGCAGCCUCUGGCCCGCAGAGCUUCGGAUAACUCCAACAGCGGCAAGCAGCCAGCCGAAGCCGAUCCCAGCAAGAAGAAGAACAUACGCAAGGCCAAAGGAGGCAUCAAGAUUGAGGUGAUGCAUGAGGAAAGCCAAGGAGGCUCCACCCAUGUCGUUGUGACCAAUGAGACAGAGGAGAGUCUGUCCAACAGACGCAGACACAUCAUGACUGAGUUGAUUGAAACAGAGAGGCUAUAUGUGGAGGAGCUGCAAAGUAUCAUGGAGGGUUAUUUUGCAGAGCUGGAUAACUCGGAGCUCAGCCACCUCAUCCCCCCGUCCCUAGAGAACAAAAGGGACGUGCUGUUUGGCAACCUGCCAGAGAUAUAUGAAUUUCACAACAGGACGUUUCUGAGAGAGCUGGAGAACUGUGCAGAGAAACCAGAGCUGGUGGGAACCUGUUUUCUAAAAAGGAAAGAAGAGCUUCAGGUGUAUGAGAAGUACUGUCAGAAUAAACCCCGCUCUGAAGUCCUCUGGAGACAGUGCGGAGACAGCCUCUUCUUUCAGGAAUGCCAGAAGAAACUGGACCACAAACUGUCUCUGGAUGCCUACCUGCUGAAGCCUGUCCAGAGGAUCACCAAAUACCAGCUCAUGCUCAAGGAGAUGUUGAAAUGCAAUAAGGGUGAGGGGACGGCUGAGUUGGAGGAGGCUUUAACCACCAUGUUGGACAUCAUCAAGUCCGUCAACGACUCCAUGCACCAGAUAGCCAUCACUGGCUUUGAGGGAAACCUGAGUGAACUGGGGAAGCUGCUGAUGCAGGGAUCCUUUAAUGUGUGGACUGACCACAAGAGAGGCCACAGCAAGGUGAAGGACUUGGCCCGGUUUAAGCCCAUGCAGAGGCACCUGUUCCUGUACGACAAGAUGAUGCUGUUUUGCAAGAAACGAGAGGAGACCACAGAUGGACAUGAGAGGACCCCGUCCUACAGCUUCAAACACUCGCUCAAGAUGAGUGCUGUGGGGAUCACAGAGAACGUCAAAGGCGACAUCAAGAAGUUUGAGGUGUGGUACAAUGGCAGAGAGGAGGUUUACAUCAUCCAGGCUCCUUCCAUGGAUGUGAAAAAUACGUGGGUGUCAGAGAUUCGUAAAGUUCUUACAGGCCAGCUAGAGGCGUGCAGAGAAGCCAGCCAGCUCAACAGCUACGGGCCCCCCAUGAGGAAUGUGCGUAAGAUGGCGCUGAGACAGUCAGAUUCAUCAAGUCCAGAGUCGGGUUUCAGGAGAAGCAACCCCAGCCCUAAUAUGAGGCAGAAGAGAGUCGAUGCUUCAGCCGGCCAAUCGGCUGCUAAUGCUAGGAAACGCUUCACCUUGCAGGGGCUUUCCAACAGGAGGUCUCUUCAAGCAGAGCCUGCUGCUAAGGAGGCAGAGGUUACCCGCCGCUUCUCUCUCGCCUCCUCUUCCUCCACCUACUCCUCCUUCGCCACGCGACGCGCCAAAGGUCCCCUGUCUGCUAACACAAAGAGCAAGAGACAUGAGAUAAAGAGUGAUCCCACUCCAUUUGGUUAUGAAGAUACUUUGCGCGGUGCUAUGGCUGCAGUCAAGAAACGUCAGAGCAUGACUAGCAGCACUGCGAACGCUGCUGUCGCCACCUCGGCUGUCUCUAGAUCUGCCUCCCAACCAGGCUGGGCCCAGCAGCGUCUCCCCUCCAUGGACACAGAUGACUUUGAGACGAUCCCCUCCAGUGCAGAGGAAUCCUCCAACUCUUCAGAAGAGGAAGGCAACAAUAAAAAUGGUGACAGCGGUCGUUUCCGGGUGCAGCUGACGUACGAGUCUCGUGAAGCGCGAGACCUCUCUCUCGGUACGGGUGACCUGGUCCAGUUUCUGGAGGAAGCGGAGAGCGGACACUGGCUAGUCAAGAACCUUUUAACAGAGGAGACAGGGCUGGUCCCGUCCAGUAUACUGCAGACAGCGUCUGAAGGAGAUAUCUUCAGUGAUCUGUGUACGGCAGCACUCUCCGACUCGGACGACAUUGAAGUCAGUACGUGGGGAGAUGUGUCUCAGGACAGCAGAUAACCUGACUAUUGUAGUUCAUUACGUUGGAGCACAAACAUUUUUGUUGGAUCACAAACACUUUUCAACUUCCCGAACUAAAUACCAACGACUAUUAGUUUUCUACUUGUAGGUCUUCAUGUUGGACUAAGGAAUAUGACCUGCUAUUGUUUUUCAACUGUAGUUUUUUCAUGUCUGACACGUUGAAGCUUCCCAGCGAAGCCUCUGGAAACAGCUGGAACCUAAACAUGCCCGAGUGGCACGGUGGGAAAAGCCAUAUAAGACUUUUUAUUCAAGGAAGUACCAGCUGUCACCUGUGGAGAACUGACGACUGCAUGGGUUGUGGACUGAACUUUACAUCCAAAGUCGGAUGAAUUCAGAUUACGUACUGUAGAAAAUGCAAUCCCUGAGUCGUUGGGCUGAAUAUCUCAAAAACUCAAAUCCCAUUUCUGACUUGGAUAAUCUUAGGGAAAGUGAUAAAUUCUGUUUGCUGGUUUAUGAGCAGGCCUUGGCAAGGUGCCCUGUUUUGCUGCUACACUGCGCUGAAGUAAAACUUCUUUUCAGACCAGGUUCUGCCUCUGCUGCCUCGCUUCAGCUCGCUUCGACUUUUCAGAUUCAAACUACAGACACCUCACAGUAGCUGCAGCCUCCUGGAGAACCUACAAGUUGUCUUACUUGCCUUUCUUCGCCCUGCUUGAGCCCGUCGUUACAUUACAUCUACAUAUCAUCUCAUCGAGCCCAUUCUCACACUUGCAAAUAAUCUGUAUAAGUUGCUUUAAGAGGUUAAGAGAUAUCUCCCUUCCAUAUUUGAAUUUAUAACCCAGUCAUUAUAUAAAAACAACUUAUUUUACAUAUGAUUUAAUCUAUCUGGAAAGAACUUGAAUUAUGUCCUCACAGGUGUUAUACGGAUGAAAUGUUUUGUUUUGGACAGAAACCUUUUACAUGUUUAUAAUUUUUUCGAGAUCCUCUCAUGCUGGGUAUUAGUGACGCAGCUUUUCUUACUGGAAAAUAUCGCAGGUUUGGGCAGGCGGGUCAAAAAGUGACAAAGCAGUGUUCCGAGUAAGUUAUUAAUAACUUACAAGACACAUUGCGUGCAAUAGUACCUUCUCUUCCCCUCUCUCUGUCUCUGAAACUCUCAGAAUUCUUAUUAUGUUUGCUAUAAUGCAUUUAUGUAUGCAUGUAUAGCAAAUAGGGAUGCACCCAUACCCCUUUUUUUUCAGACCGAGUACAAGUACAAGUACUUGCCGAUACCGAGUACCGAUACCGAGUACUUCUCUGUGCCAAAAGACCC